AUGUCGUCUAGACCCAUCCUCUUCGAACCAGAUGCUCUAGAAGAGGCGAACCUGGUUUCGAAGCUUCAAGAGUGGCUUAUGGAUUUGACUAAGUUAAAACUGCGUAGUGUUUCCUCUUAUAUUUUACAAUCUGUCAUCCCAUUGUCAAAUGACAAAGUCCAACAAUUUGUUAGAAAUAUAAUUCAAGCUUGUGAGGUCCGUCCUCAUUUAAUUUCAACAUAUGCAGAGUUAAUUGGGAUUUUAUAUCAAAAUAAAACGCCACAAAAUGCACUAAAAUCAUUAAAACCAUAUCUUAUCAAAGCAUUACUAACUCCUAAACCAUUCAUCGAACAGUUUCUUGCAAAUGUUGGCGAUUUUAUCUUCCUACGAAAUAUUUGUCACACAAUCAAUAUUACGAGCGAAGAAAUAGUUGCAAAUAUCAGAUCUUUUUGCGAGCACCAUGAUGAUCUAAAAUAUUAUCAUUGUCUGCUGUUUUGUAUUUUUGCCCCCGAAUUGCAAGAAGCAGAUCCAAAAUUUUACAAAAGUUUACAAGAGCUUUUCUCCGAAGAAUACGCUGCGCCAUCAUGCAAGCUUGUUCUCAAGUAUUUUUACGAAAAUAUUUCAAACUUACAAGAAAACAACUGGGCAUUACAAAAAGAAUGCAUAGAUCAUGGCGGAUACAAAUCAUCAAUUGCAGUAGCAUUGAAAACAGACAAUCUUGAUUUGUUUCAAGAGCUCGCUUUAAAUUCAAAUUCAGAUUUCAACGGCAGGAUCAGAUCAUCGGUAUUUGAGCCCUGCCAAUUCAUGCAAGAAAAACCUACAUACAUACAAUACGCUGGAUUCCACGGAUCCCUUAAAUGUUUCAAAUUUUUAUUAUUAAAUGGCGCAGAUCUUGAUUUAACCGACAAUUUAUCAUUUACUCUUGGCCACUUUGUUAUUGCUGGUGGAAAUAUCGAAAUUACAAGGCUAGCAGCCCAGAAAUCCUGCAGUUUUGAAGGAUGUCUUCAUAUUGCAACUCGAUUCUUCCGUCAAGAGCUUUUUGAGUGGCUCCAUACUAACUACUUCCACAAUCUAUCCGAAAUACACCCAAGAUUCGGUAGUAUUCUCCAUGAAUCUGCGGCAUCAAAUAAUAUUAGCCAGAUUUUGUUCUGUUACAAGAACGGCGUGGACAUAAACAUCAAGACUGAGGACAAAUCUACACCCCUGCACUUCGCAGUAAAGAAUCGGAAGACAGAUGCUGUCAGAUUAAUUCUCAGAACGAUCGGUGUUGAAGUAAACUCAAAGGAUGCUACAGGGAUGACACCUCUCCACAUCGCCGCUCUCUUCGAUGACCCAACGAUGACUACUGAGGUCCUGAAGAACCCAAACGUCGACAUAAACAUGACGAAUUCGUGGGGAAUGACAGCUUUGUGUCUCGCGGCACAGGACGGAAACGACGCGACUGUGAAGGCUCUGAUGCAGAGAGAGGACUUGGACAUAAACUGCAAGGACGAGAACUCAAUGACGCCUCUCCACUACGCAGCACAGGAAGGAGAAUACGAAACAGUCAAAGUUUUGUUGACAAGUAAGAAAAUUGACGUCGAAUGCAAAGAUACUCGUGGUUUGAUUCCUUUCUCUUACGCAGAACAGAGCGGUAUGGAAGUGACUGCACAGCUAUUACAGGACUUUGCUAUCAAAAGAAGAAAAGCUGGAAAUAAUUAA